AAUAUAGAAGAAGAUUGCGUUCAACGUUCCUUGUAUGUCCUCCCCGUUGAGUUUGUCCACGCAUCGGUGUUUUGGUCUUUCGUUGGUCAAUAACAUUCUGUGAAGUGCCACAAAAAGUAACUCGCAGGUUUCGGUGAGAAAAUUGUGGUUAGAAAGUCAGUUCUUACCGGAGAAAACCUGAGCUUGUGCCGUCCAUAGCUGCCGUCGACUCCCCUGAGACACUGCGCGUCAAGACACCCGUGGAGACACCCUUCCGACUAUCAGGAACACCUCUCUUGUUCUCUCAAUACUGGAUCUGCCUAUUGCAAGGAACCAUGUUUCGAAAGAAAAUACCCUUUUCACAGAUGGCCUUUGCCGCAGUGCUUGGGGUUGUGGGUGGUUUCUACAUCUACAGACCCUACUAUGACACAACGACAAAGAUCACAACACAGCAGCCAAUCCAGGAUACGGCACAAAAAGACCAAGGAACUGACGGACAUAAAUAACCAUGCUAAGUGCAUUAAGGGACAAAAAUAAACGAAUAUUAAAUUUGCAAUAA